AUGUUCGGCGCACUACGAAGAUGUCCAGCGACACUCGCUCGGAGUGUCUCGACAGCCGCCAUAUCUUCCAGCGCUCUUCGCGUGUCCUCAUUCAGAGCAACGAGCGCACUCCGGAUACCGUCCUCCCGGAUCGUGAAUGCCACCACUGCGGGCUUCCACCACAGCACCAAGUGGCAACAGAUUGCAGCUCAGCAAGCAGAGACGGAACAAGAGGGGCCCAUCACAGAGUUCGAUGAACUGGCGAAGCGUGGCCUUGUGCACCCAAACCUCAUCAACACCAUCACGAGGCAGAUGAGGCUCACCACUAUGACCGAUGUGCAGACCAGGACCAUCAACGAGGCUCUGUACGGCACGGAUAUCAGCAUCGCACAAGCCAAGACCGGUACCGGUAAAACCCUUGGUUUCCUCAUUCCCGUUAUCCAGCGAAUCAUCUCCAACGACCCCAAGCUCGGCGAGACAGUCCGCGGCUACAAGAAGGCCAGGUCUGACGAUAUCAGGGCCAUUGUCAUUUCGCCCACACGAGAAUUGGCGGAACAAAUCGCCGUCGAGGCCAAGAAGGUCACCACCGGAACUGGCGUCAUUGUGCAGACAGCUGUUGGUGGUACUCAGAAGCGGGCUAUGCUUCAGAAGACGCAGCGUGAGGGUUGUCAUCUGCUCAUCGGUACCCCAGGACGACUGAAUGAUAUUCUGUCGGACCCCUACUCCGGCAUCAAGGCACCGAACCUCAAUGCCUUUGUCAUGGACGAGGCCGAUCGCCUGCUCGACGAAGGUUUCACCCGGGAGAUUGAUGAGAUCAGGACGCACCUGCCAGACCCAGAACAAGUCCCACGCCAGAACAUGAUGUUCUCCGCCACAGUGCCACGCGAUGUCGUUGAACUCGUGCGCAAGACGCUCCGUCCCGGAUUCCACUUUGCCAAGUGCGUCGACGAGAACGAAGAGCCAACACAUCAGCGUGUCCCCCAGAAGUUUGUUAGCGUUGCCGGUUUCGAGAACAUCAUCCCCACUCUCUAUGAACUCACUCUGCGCGAGCACCAGGCUGCCCAAUCAGGCCAGGCCCGCCCCUUUAAGGCCAUCAUGUACUUCAACAGCACAGCCGAAGUCGCACUCGCCGCCUCCGUCUUCUACAAGCUCAGCGGCGGCUUCAAGCGCAAUACCCCGCUUCAAGGACUCCGUGCUUUCGAAAUUCACGCCAAGCUCUCACAACAGCAGCGCACUCGUGCUGCAGAUGACUUCCGCAGCACAACAAGCGGUGUUCUGUUCUCCUCCGACGUUACAGCACGUGGAAUGGAUUUCCCAAAUGUUACUCACGUGAUCCAAGUUGGUCUUCCACGCGACCGCGACACUUACAUCCAUCGUAUUGGACGUACCGGUCGUGCAGGUAAGGAAGGCGAGGGCUGGAUCUUACUUACACCCUUUGAGAUGCAGGAACACACUCGUCGUCUAAGGAACCUGCCCAUCACCGAAUCCAAGGAACUGCAGUGUGCAUCUAUCGACAUGUCGCAGCCCGCCGAGGUGCCCGAGCAUGUUGGUGAAAUCCUCACUUCCUGCGUAGAGGCACAUAAGAAGGUCUACCCUGAUCAGCUCGACGCGGCUUUCCGCGGUAUCUUCGGCUCGUUCCAGUGGUACGGCGAUAAGCACGGCCUUGUUGCUGGCGCCAAUCGUUUGGCUGAGUUUGGUUGGGGUAUGCCCACACCACCUCCUGUCCCAUCGUCCGUCUUCAGUGGAGGCCGAGGCCGUGGCCGUGGCGGAUCUGGCGGUGGCCGAGGUGGCUUCGGUGGUGGUGACAGGCGAGGAGGUGGUGGAGGAUUUGGCGGCGACCGAGGCGGCUUCGGCGGCGACAGGAGAGGUGGUGGAGGCUUUGGUGGUGACCGAGGCGGCUUUGGUGGUGACAGGCGAGGAGGAGGCGGUGGUGGCAUCGGCGGCGACAGGAGAGGAGGUGGUGGAGGGUUUGGCGGUGACCGAGGCGACUUCGGCGGCGAAAGGAGAGGAGGUGGCGGAGGCUUUGGUGGUGACCGUCGAGGAGGAGGCGGCGGUGGGUUUGGCGGCGGCGACAGGCCACCACGAUACUAA